CUAUAUCAGGCUACCUCAGUGCCUACUACUGACUAAAGUCUACUGUCAUUUGUCAGUGCGCUUGCGCCGGUGGUAGAACGAUGUUGUCUGCACUUGUGUGGGUUUGUGUUACGUGCGCAGUCGUGAGUGCAACGCGAGCUGAUGGCGGCAGUACAGAUGAAGUUGAAGAUGCUCCAACAACACAGUCAGUGUCUGGUCAGUUCGUGGGCUCGUGGAUGACGUCACGGCGCGGCCGACGCUUCCAGGCGUACCGGGGGAUACGAUAUGCAGAGCCGCCUGUUGGGGAGCUGCGGUUCCAGCCACCGAAACUCAUCCUCCAUUACGAGACCAUAGUGGACGCGACUAAGGACGGUCCCUCGUGUCCCCGGCCAGCCAGCCCGGGGUACCCUGUGGACGAGGACUGUCUCACCAUCAACGUGUACACCCCUGCUAUAAACAGUUCGAAGCCAUUGCCAGUGAUCUUCUUCAUGCACCCGGGCGGGUUCUACUCCAUGUCCGGGCGUAGCGACCUGGCGGGGCCGCACUACCUCAUGGACCGGGAUGUCGUGCUCGUCACCAUCAACUACAGGCUUGGCUCUCUAGGUUUCCUCGCCCUGGGCAACAAGUUAGCUCCCGGUAACAACGGCUUCAAGGACCAGGUGGCGGCUCUAAAGUGGGUGCAGAGGAACAUUGCGGCAUUCGGAGGAGACCCCAACCUCGUCACCAUCACCGGCUGCAGCGCGGGAGCCGUCAGUGUCAUGGUGCAUAUGAUAUCAUCUAUGUCUAAAGGUCUCUUCCACCGUGCCAUAUCAGUGAGCGGUUCCCCGACGUCCAAGCUGCCCAGUCCACCAGACCGCAUAGACCUGGCCAUCAAACAGGCGAGAGUGUCCAACUGCCCCGAGGACAACACCACCGCACUCUUCCACUGCCUCAAGAGUAAGAGCUGGAAGGAGAUCGCUGGAUCAAUGCUGGGAUUCUUCGAGUUCGGCUUUGAUCCCCUAAGUUUAUGGCGUCCGGUGGUAGAGCCGGACUUCGGCCAGGAGCGGUUCUUGGUUGAGGAGCCGAUGGAUUCCAUUCGAGAGGGCAGGAUGCACUCGGUGCCUUUCAUCAUCAGCCAAACUACUGGCGAGUUCUUCUGGAAGGCAUUCUACGUUCUGAACAACCAAACACUGCUAAGCACGAUGAACGCCGAGUGGGACCGAAUAGCUCCGAUCUCAUUCAUACUCCCGCGCAACGAAUCCAGCGACAAGCUGGCAACACUCCGGAAGGCAUACCUUGGAUACAGCCCGUUGGAGAACAGCAUUGCCAGUGCUGAUGGUCUUGGCAAGCUGUAUGGUGACUCCAUUACUGGCUUUCCUGUGCACAGGAUGGCUAACCUGAUGUGUCGCCACUCCAAGCACCCGGUGUUCUACUCGGAGUUCGCGUACCUCGGCAACCGCAGCCAUUACGAGGACUCUAUCUCCAAGAAACCAGUUCGCACGGCCCACCAUGACGAUCUAAUGUACUUGUUCACGCUGAGCUACCGCUUCCCGCCGAUAGAUGUCGCUGACACAGAAGACUCAAAGAUGGUGGACAAGAUGACUGCGCUGUGGUACAACUUCGCUAGAUACGGAGACCCGAAUCCGCGUGAUGACACUCCUGAGCUGUCCUCUCUCUCCUGGCCAGCCAUGACGCCAGCCCAGAGGAACUAUUUAAGAGUCGAUAAGCAGUUUGCAGUCAAACAGAACUUAUUCGAAGAACGGUUCGCGGUGUGGGACCAGUUAUAUCCCAUACAAUAUUAAAUAACUGCGAAACAAUGGUUAAAAGUGUUAUUCUUUCAAUAAAAUCUUAUUUUGCUAACUA